AUGGACGCAGGCCGAAACCACCCCAGCAGUGAAGAUGGGGACCUACAGGUGCUGGUGCAGGAGCUCUGCCAGCUGCGGGCUAGGCAGAAGAAGCUGACAAGAGAGGUGGAGAAGCACAAGGUGUUUGAAGACUACCUGCUCCAGGUGCUUGAGAAAAUCCCCAAGGGCUGCAAGGACCCAGAGGAGCCCAAAGUGGCCCCGCUGAAGGCCAUGGUGGAGCACUACAGCCAGCUCCUGUCGGCCAGGCAGGACAUCCAGGCGCACCUGCAGGCCUUCUCCCAGAUGAACCAGGCCGCACACCAGAGGUUGCAGUCCCUGGAAGACAGCCACAGGGCUCUUGUGCCGAGCCUCAAGGUCCGGCUUUGCCAGCUGCAGAAGAGGUGCCACCGCAAGCAUGAGCAGUGGAGGCAGCUGGCACGUGGUAUUGCCUCUGAGGAUGACGCUGACUCUGACCCUGAGCCACAGACCAGCAAAAGUCACGUGAGUCCACCUGCUGGCUGGGGGCAGGGUAUGGACUGGGACUGCUGCAGUCAGCAGCUCAGCUCAGUGAAGUUGCUCAUCAACAACAUGGCCCAGCACUGCUGCUCUGGCACCCAGCGUGAGCUCAGCACCAUGGGGCUCUUCUCCCAGCUUAAUCUUAUCAAGGAAUUUAUGUUGGACAAAAUGGAGACGGUGAGAAUGAUCUCGCUGCUCACGGAACCCAGCAAGUGCUGCUCAGGGGACAGUCGCAAGAACCAGAGGCCCAGAAGCUACCUGGGAUCCUUGGGGAGGAGCCCGGGGAGACAGGACCCCACACCCAGGACCCCCUUUCCCAGUGCUAGGACUUCCGAGUGCUCCAGCUUGUCCUAA